CUCUCUCUCUCGGCUGAAGCUAAACCACAACCUGCUCCAGACGACGCCCUAUCGCCCAUGACAUUCCCGAGUCCACCGCGCGCCUGUUUUGCACGAGACGAAGCCGUCGGGUUCACAUUAUAACGUCAGGCUGCGCGCGCGAGCUGCCAGCGGCGUCACCUCGGAGAUAACAAGAAAAAUAAAGGUGGAGGAGGAGAGAGGGGGGUGUUUGGGUAUUCUUAAAAAAUAAAUAAAUAAUAAAAACCCCUAGUUUGGAAGACGUCUGCAGCGGGAAGGAAAAGGGAUCUGCAACUGAGAUGGCUGAGGUGUCACAAGAGGAGAGACUUCAGGCCAUCGCUGAGAAAAGGAAGAAGCAGACAGAGAUCGAAAACAAAAGGAGGCAGCUUGAUGACGAUCGGCGGCAACUUCAGCAUCUUAAGUCAAAGUCACUGAGGGAGCGCUGGUUGUUAGAUGGAGCUCCAGCAGAAGAGGAGACACAGAGGCGUCUGCAAGAGGAUGAGAUGAAGACUAAGCUUCUGGAACAGGUCAUCCUCAGGCUGGAGCAAGAAAUUGAAGAAAUGGAGACAGGUGUGCCAGCUAAUAAAGGUGUGGCCAAAGAAAAUGGUGAGAACGGUGUAGUGCAGACCUCCGGCCAGACCCCUAAGAGAGAGGUAACGGGCAUUGAAGCCAAGCUGCUGGGUCCCAGUCCCGACCAGGCCAGCGCAGACAACCCCGUCACCCUGGUUUUCAUGGGCUACAAGAACCUGGAGGACGAGAAGGAGAGCCACGCGGCCCUGGGCAUGGAAGGCGUGGACGGCAACGUGAAGGCCGAGUUUGUCGUGAUCGAGGAUGGCGAGGGGAAGGCAGCAGAUGCGGCCACGGAUGAGCAGGCCCCGCCCAAUGGCAGCAUGGCGGAGAAAGAGAAGGCCAACGGGAGCGGAGAGGAGGGAGAGAAGGAGAAGAAACAGACCUGCAAAUGCUGCACGGUCAUGUGAGAUAUGUGUGUGUUUAUUUGUGUGUGUUUGUGUGUGUGUGAGACUGACCGUGUAUGGGUGAGUACACACCUGCAGCUUUGCAGAGCUGUGUGCCAUUGCAUGAGUUCAUAUUUGCAAACGUAUGUAGCUUUUGUGUUUGUGUGGAAGUGUGUGUCAGGACUGAUUUACAGCUACACAGUCAGCAUCCCAACAAUGAGAGCCAACACGAGUUUCAGCUCCAAGAACCACAAAGACUCAUAAGUACACUUACUCUAUAUACUUUCUCUGUAUUUGACUUAUGAUUUCUAUCGAUAUUUUUCUAUUUUUCUGUCUUGACCUUUAUAUUGUAGCCUUCUCAGUGUGUUUAUCCUUAUUAUGAGACUGUGUACUGUAUGUUUAUUGUUCUUAUUGUUUUAAAAAAGAAAAUGUAUUGGCUCUCUGGAUUGUACUGCAGCCCAACUGGGAAAAUUUCUGGAAAAAAAAUCCAAAACAUAAAACUAUGAAGGACACAGAUACUUAAAUCUAUAUAUUUCUCUGUGUAGGCCUACCAACUAUUUAUCAAUUUCAUAUUGCAAUAUUGUCUAAGAUAUUAUUUUGAAUAGUAUUUUAAUAUAUUGAUAUGAAAUUAUGUUUUAUACAAUGUAUUUAUUGCUUUGGUUCUCUGUGUCACCCACUCCAACAUCACCUGCAUGUUAGGCUUGUAAGUGCCACCAGAUAAACACUCAUUAACAAG